AUGAAGGGCGGUAGAGGGCAGCGGGCUGGCCCUCUUCGGAGCCGUCCAGAGGUAGAGCCUGAUGGGGUAAGCUGUGGGGCAAGCGGCGCAGCCCCCCGAGAUGGCACCGUACGUCCGAAUUCGCAUGGAAGGGAAAGAAGAAGCAUCAGCUUGGACAAAAUUCGAACCCGUCCCGCUGAGGUUUCAAGCACGCGAGAUGGAAAAGUACGCUGGACGCAGGAGGAAAAUAUCCUUUUAAUGCGUACUCAUUUCAUUGCUCAGCAACAACAACACGACACAGGAGGGAACUACAGAGAACUUUUAACAACCAUUUGGAACGAGAUCAAUCCAGAGAAGCAGUCCUACCCGAACCUACUUGUCAAUAGAGUUAGGCUGUUCCUUCAGAACGAAAGGUUCUCCACUGUUGAACUGGAGGCAAUUAAGAAAAGUAUAAGGCCUCACACACCAAAUCCAGCAGAGAACACAGAUGUCGACAAUGAGGAAGCUUAUGCAGAACAUCCAAUGGAACCAACCCCUCAAUGGUGCCAAACCAACAAAAUCUUCCAGAAAAACAUGAAGAUGUAUGCCAGAGUAUCUACGCAGGAUAGACCGAAAAUACCAAGACUCAAAGGCUCACGGAAAAUCCUAGAGAGCGUUGAAAGAGCCAACACCGUGAUAAAAUCCAGCAUACGAAGUGAUUCCACCAUUGCAGAUUUUGUCGACUCUGUGUACGCGGGAGCGAUCACAGUAUGUGAGAAGAAUGGAAUUCGUCUGUAUAGUAGACAAACCAAACCUAGAGAAGAGAAAAUGCCACCAUGGAAAACACGCCUGGAAAAGAAAAUUAAUAAUAUCAGAAAAAUAAUAGGCACGCUACAUACUUACCUGAAUAACAACUCACCGACCAGGAAAAUUGUCAAACGAGUGACAUCACAACAUCAUAUCAAGGCCCGCGACGAACAACUUCGGCAGCAACUUAUAAUUCUAUGCGAUACUCUGAAACAAAAAAUUAAGGCUUUAGGAAAUCGUAUAAGACGAUAUAAUGAAAGGGUAAAAAGAUAUAAAAACAGCCAACUCUACUACAAAAAUCCCAAACAAUUUCACCGCUCACUUGAAGGGACAGUCACAGUCAACAAAUCAUACCCAACACCAGAAAAUAUACAUGCAACAUGGAAGGAAAUCUGGGCUCAUGCAGGAGAUCACGAUGACUAG